AAUCUUUGGCAUAUAUUUAAGCAUACACUAGCGUUACAUUGGUGAAAAAUAUGGCAGCUGACGAAUAGAGAAAAGUGUGUGGAUCUUCGCUCGAUUUAUCUAGAAAAAGACGGCACUUGGUAAAAUUACAGGAGCAUACUGGGUCAACAUCACGCACCCUGCACCUUUACUCUCAUCAUAGAAGUAUCACCAUUUGUCAUCAGCCAACAUGGGAAAAACUUCACUAAAGGAUCAGAAAGAUGGCAAAAAAGAGAAACCAGGAAGGAAUGUUCCAUCGCCAGGUACAACUCCUGCAGCUACUAAAGAUACUUUCAGCUGGGAAGAGUAUUUGAAAGAGACAUCAUCUACACCAGCUCCGCCAAACUUUUUUCGUCAGGCCAGGGUCCCACCCUCCAACGACUUCAAGGUGGGAAUGAAGCUUGAAGCCCAUGACCCACGCAAUUCCACCUCAGUUUGCAUUGCCACUGUGAUGGGUUUAACAGGUGUGCGUCUGCGUCUCCGUCUGGAUGGGAGUGACAACAGCAAUGACUUCUGGAGGCUGGUAGACUCUUCUGACAUUCAGCCUAUUGGCACCUGUGAGAAGAAUGGAGAUAUGUUGCAGCCGCCACUGGGGUUUCGCAUGAAUGCCUCCUCAUGGCCCAUGUUCCUAUUGAGAACGUUAAAUGGAGCAGAGAUGGCUCCAGCAGCAGCUUUUAAAAAAGAACCUCCAAGGCCUGCCCAGAACAACUUUAAGCCUGGCAUGAAGCUGGAAGCUGUGGACAAGAAAAACCCUUACCUCAUCUGCCCUGCAACUAUUGGAGAAGUAAAGGGUGAUGAGGUCUUUAUAAUGUUUGAUGGCUGGCGGGGUGCUUUUGAUUACUGGUGCAAGUAUGACUCCCGGGAUAUCUUCCCUGUGGGCUGGUGCUCCAUCACAAAGCACAGUUUGCAGCCACCAGGCAACAGUGUCACCCUUCCGAAGAACCUGCAGAUUCUGUCGGCGUCACCCUCUAAGCCCAGCAGGCGUUCCAUGCAGUCCUCCUACAGGCUCCCCAACCCCCUGCCCCCUCUGCCUGUCAGGAAGGGGGUAAGAGGGCGUCGGCCCAAGAGUGAGACCAUUGCCCUCCUCAAAGCUGUGGCAGAGGCAGCAGCUGCCCAGAAUGGGACAGCACCAGAAAACACGGAGCUUACACCCAGGCCCCAAAAGAAGAGAGGCCCCAAACCUGGAAGCAAGAGAAAGUCCAAGGUUCUCCAGAACACAACACAGCUGCCUAGCAUUCAGGUGCCACAAGAAAGCCCUUCCAGCCUAAACUCUGUGGUCUCUACAGUGUGUGUGUACGUGAAUAAGCAUGGAAACUGCGGUCCCCACCUGGACAGGAAGCAGAUGCAGCAUCUGCCCGACCACUUUGGCCCAGGGCCAGUGAAUGCUGUCCUCCAGCAGGUGGUGCAGUCAUGUAUAGACUGUGCUUACCAGCCUAAAGUCCUACUCAGUGCAUUGCAAACCCACUCAGGAGGAGGGGAAGUUGUCAGAGUGAGAACAGAUGGUGGAGUUCGUUUGGUCAAACUGCCGUCAGCUUCCAGUGCUUCCUUUGUGCUGCGCUUCUUGGAGACUUUGUGUCGUCACUUGCAAUGUGACAACCUGUUCAGCAGCCAACCAUUUAGCCGCUACACCACCUAUGACAGGACCAAGUCAGUGAAAGAAGAGGCGCUGGAGGCACCAUCUCUGGGCCGGGCUAGCAAGCGGAGUCUCUCUGGGGUCUCACCGCCAUAUGCAGCCCCUCUCUCUCCUAAACAUUUGCGUACCGAGGCCCACCCUUCAGAAGCAGAGACCUUGCCCCAUGAAGAGAAUGCCCUCAUAAAGGAGCAGCGCUUCAUGGACUCAGCCUCCAACUCCAUAACCCCUCGACCCCAAACAGUGCGGAAUUCGUCAGAGUACCACUCCCAGGGCAGCAGCCUCUACUACCCUGGCAAUGGCACACCCCUACGCCGCCUGUCCUCUAACCCUGCCGAACUCGCCUCCACACAGCCACUCAGACGAGUCGAAGCAGCCAGCUCCACCACAGGCCCUGAGGCCACAGCUGCUGACCGGGAGAGCCUGCAAGUGCCCAGUAAAAGCCCGUCCUUGUGGUCAAUUGAGGAGGUGAUGCAGUUUGUGAGGGAUGCUGACCCCUCAGCAUUAGCCCCACAUGCUGAACUAUUCAGAAAACAUGAGAUUGAUGGAAAAGCCCUGAUGCUGCUGCGGAGUGACAUGGUGAUGAAGUACAUGGGCCUCAAACUAGGGCCUGCACUGAAGUUAUGUCAUCACAUAGAGAGGCUGAAACAAGGCAAGCUGUAGCAGGACCAUGCACAGUCUUGCCUUCGCUAGACCCAUGGGCCAUAGUCGCUGGAAGGGCCAAUAUUUGGACACAACUCAGCAUAUAACACCAUAUGACUCAUGGGGCAUGCAAGUGUUACAUGUUACUCCAGACUACACCUUGAGGGAACCUGAUAGAUGUUACAGCUUCAUUUAGACUUGCGGAGUGGAGAAGUGUGCCGUGCAUUGCUGACACAUUACCUCAUCCCCUCAUCAGUGAACAAAAAGCUGUUCAAGUCUAAUAGACGCCACUGACUUUAUGAAAUCCCAAAGGAAAAUAAUCCCUGUAGUGUUUACAUUGCAUAGCACGUGCAUACGGAGACAGACUUUUUUUAUGGAGAUGAAAUCUUUUGAUCCUCAUUUCGGAUCCCCAAAGAUGGAGAAUGUUUCUUCUUAUAAGAUGUUUUUAUUAUUGUCGAGAUCCAGUUAAUAAGGAGGGGUCUGUGUAUUAAAAGAAUUGAUCAGAUGUUCUUCCCCACGUUCUUACAGGAAUCCUGAUGGUUUCUCAUCUGCUCUGUUGUAUAGCCGUUGUCAGUUCCUGUUUAUUCACAACUAUGCCUAAAGUGUGGGGUUAUCUGCCUCUCCAAGGAUUGCCCACGUCACUUCAUUCCAUUUCUUUCACACAAUGAUAUAUUGGAAUUUUCCUUUGCUUGAACAUUGUCAGUAUGAUGGUAAUCAGCUAUCAAGUGAUCAUAUUGUCUUCUGACUUGAACUGGUUGAACGUCAGUUUUCUCACGAGCAUCCCUCAGAAUCAUUAAACUGCUAAAUCCUGUGUGCUGACAGCGUGCUGGAUUUGAGGUCGAGUCUUAGUAGGCGAUGAGUUUGAUUGCCUCAAACUGGUUGUAUUCAUGCACAGACAUGGUCUCCAUCCAGUUCUUAUCAAUUUUAGUCAGGAAGUGCCCUAAGCUCUGAGUCUACAUACUUAGAAAUCAUGGGUUGGAUUUAUUUAUUUCAGUGGACAGAUUGGUAGUGCAAAUAUGACAUUUCUUAAGGGCUUUAUAUGUUUUUGUUUUGAUGUGAUCUCUGUAUCAGUCAUAAUCAUUCAAGCUUGUUGGUCUGCCUAUGACCUCAACGUUGUCACUUUGACCGUUACAAUCACUGUUAGCAAUGAAAACAGAUAUGUACAGUUUUAUGGGUUUAACCAUGAAUAUCAGCAACAGAAUGUACAUUUUGUAGAAAACUAAAUAUUUUAAGGAAAUCAUAUAUAAGUUAGAAAUGUGAAAAUAAUGGGUUGGGGAUAUGGUGACUAUUUCAGACAAUGUAUUCCAUACUGCUUUUUAAUACUUAAUGCAGCGCUUUUAGUUGAAAUAUCCUCAUUAAUAGACUUUGCCUUGCUUUACUUAUGACAUUUCUCAGGAUUAUGUGGUCUUUGUUAGUACAAGUUUUUGUAGCAUACUGUUUUGGAAUAAUAUACUUAACAGAAUUUUCCUUUGUUAUUCCCCUGACUUAAAAUUACUUGUGCCAUAUGAUAUUCAGUACAGGAUCAAAGUGCUGUUGAUUUCCCCUUGCAUCUUAAAGUACUUGAAAAAUAUGUUGCAGAAGUAACUUGUUCAUUCUGUCACAUCAGAAAAACUAUGUAUUGUGUUCAUGAUGUUGUGUAUUUUUUUUUUUUUUUAUAAACCUAUAAAAAGCAAAACUGUGUGUGU